UUUUUUUCCUACCCCUUCCCCGCUGCUGGCUGUGUCGGUAAGAUGGCGGCAGUGAGCCUGCGACAAGGAGAUUUGGUGUGGGGAAAACUUGGGCGCUACCCUCCAUGGCCUGGGAAGAUCGUCAACCCUCCUAAAGAUUUAAAGAAGCCGCGUGGGAAAAAGUGUCUGUUCGUUAAAUUCUUUGGCACGGAAGAUCACGCCUGGAUCAAAGUGGAGCAGCUUAAACCAUACCAUGCCCAUAAGGAGGAAAUGAUCAAGGCUAACAAGGGCAAGCGGUUCCAGCAGGCGGUGGAUGCAGUGGAGGAGUUCCUGAAGAAAGCCAAAGCAAAAGAGCAUGCAAAAGAACAUAACUCCAGUGAUGAGAAAGGCAAAAAAGGAGAGGGAAAGGGCAAGAAACAAACUGGUGAAAAGAGGAGGAAAUCCUCUGAGUCUUCGUCCCACUCUCCUCAGAAAAGGUCCCGCGACCAGAGCCCACGCAAACGCGGGAGGCCACCCAAGGAUGACAAGGACUCUCCCAGCCCCCAGCCAAGCUCACUGAAGAAGCUUGCAAUGAAAACAGUAUCCCGGUUCAGCUGGCCCCCGCCUUCCACAGAGGACGACCUGGGAAGUGACAGCUGGCUGAUUCACGGGCAUAGAACACUUGGCACAGAGAUGAUCCUAAAAAAGCCCAGUGUAACGUACCAAGCAAUAACCAAGCGGCUGAAGAUUUCUGAAGAGGAUAGCGGCUCAACGUCGAUUCAAGCAGCAGACAGCACGGCCAUCAACGGCAACAUCAUACCCACAGACAAAAAAAUCGGCUUCCUCGGCUUGGGGUUAAUGGGCAGCGGCAUCGUCUCAAACCUGCUCAAGAUGGGGCACACAGUGACAGUGUGGAACAGGACCGCAGAGAAGUGCGACUUAUUCAUCCAAGAAGGAGCCCAUAUGGGAAGAACCCCCGCUGAAGUGGUCUCUACCUGUGACAUCACAUUUGCCUGUGUGGCAGAUCCUAAAGCUGCAAAAGAUCUGGUGUUGGGGCCCAGCGGGGUGCUGCAGGGAAUCCGUCCGGGGAAAUGCUACGUGGACAUGUCUACUGUGGAUCCAGAAACUGUUGCUGAACUCGCUCAGGUGAUUGUGUCUCGAGGUGGGCGCUUCCUGGAGGCCCCUGUGUCGGGUAACCAGCAGCUGUCCAACGAUGGGAUGUUGGUGAUCCUCGCUGCUGGAGAUCAAGGGGUCUAUGAAGAUUGCAGUAGCUGCUUCCUAGCCAUGGGCAAGACCUCCUUCUUUCUAGGGGAAGUGGGGAAUGCGGCCAGGAUGAUGCUGAUCCUUAACAUGGUGCAGGGCAGUUUCAUGGCUACCAUUGCAGAAGGCAUGACUCUGGCACAAGUCACAGGGCAGUCCCAACAGACCCUCUUGGACAUCCUGAAUCAGGGCCAACUUGCCAGCAUUUUCCUGGACCAAAAGUGCCAAAACAUCCUGCAGGGGAAUUUCAAGCCUGACUUUUAUCUAAAGUACAUCCAGAAGGACCUGAGGUUAGCCAUUGCUCUCGGAGAUUCUGUUAACCACCCAACACCUAUGGCGGCUGCAGCAAAUGAGGUCUACAAGAGGGCAAAAGCGUUGGACCAAUCCGAUAAUGACAUGUCUGCCGUGUACAGGGCCUACAUACACUAGGCCUCGUUGUCAUCAUAUAUGGAUUAAUAUUAUUUGGUUUUUAAAACACCUCACCAGUCAGACCCCCAUCUCUUGGCUCAUUUUUCUUCACCCUUUUAAUUUUUUCUUUUGUGUUCCUACCUUGUGCACCAUCGCUCAAGUUCUUGUGAAUUCCCAGCGCAUCGGCUUCUUUUCAGGAAGAAAUGGGCGCUGGGUUCCAUCCGGCUUUGUGUUAAAUGCAACUGUUUUAUAGAGAGCUUCUGCCAUCAUCCGCCAUCUGCUCCCCAUCCGCAACUUUGGACCAUCUCCAGCUUGGCCCGAGAACUUCUAGUUGAAGCUGUCCCCCAAUGCAUGUUCAUCUCGAGGCUUCUAAACUCUUUCAUGAUUCAAGGACAUACGAACAUUGGCUUGUGUACACCAGCGACCUGGUUUUAGCAAGAACGUGUGUCCUUCGGAUGACUACUUUCUUAGAAGAUUCCUUUCCUAGUGGUACAGCGCACAAGAUGCUUUUUUGUUCCUUAUCGUUCAGUCUCCCUACCCACCAAUCACAGUGCUUGACGCUGCUUCUUCUGAUCACCUGCCUAACAUUUAUGUGGUCCUUUUGUCCUGUGGCGACACACUGGGUUUCCUUCAGUCUCUGGGGCUCACAGACCAAAUUGAAUGAUAGCAGAAUAUGAGGGGAGGAUUAGCAGAUGUUCUUCUCUCUUUACUCCAGUGUCGUUCAUCAGCACUUCUAUAUAUUGGGUUGUGCAACAUCAAUGCUGUAGGCCAUUCUUCUGGAUCCAACCGUCCCUUGCUAUCAGUCAGGUUCUGCUGGCAGGAUAUGUCCAUCUUUGCAUCUACAAAUGUUGAGGGUUCAUUCUAAGUUGUAGCUGCUUGAGAGCGGUGAUUAUAACCUCCCUUCCAUAAAAUUCCUUUGCACUAGAGCAGUCACCGCUUUGAGUAUUAGGCUGUUUAAUUACCUGACCUCCAAGAAGGGGUCCUUCUAGAUAUUGUUAACUCCAGACUAGCGACCCGGCCUCGGUUGGGUCCCAGGCUGGCGACCCGGCCUCGGUUGGGUGCCAGGCUGGCGACCCGGCCUCGGUUGGGUGCCAGGCUGGCGACCCGGCCUCGGUUGGGUGCCAGGCUGGCGACCCGGCCUCGGUUGGGUGCCAGGCUGGCGACCCGGCCUCGGUUGGGUGCCAGGCUGGCGACCCGGCCUCGGUUGGGUGCCAGGCUGGCGACCCGGCCUCGGUUGGGUGCCAGGCUGGCGACCCGGCCUCGGUUGGGUGCCAGGCUGGCGACCCGGCCUCGGUUGGGUGCCAGGCUGGCGACCCGGCCUCGGUUGGGUGCCAGGCUGGCGACCCAUUUCAGGAUUUAAGACCCAUACCCACACCCGAACCUGUUGCCCUAACCAAGUGCCAUUGCCGUCCCAAAAUUGUUGGCAGCUAAGCCGUUUUUUCUUUUUACCAUUCUGUAUCUUUUAUAAUGUCCUUAUUUAUUUAAUUCUUGUAUUAGAUUUUAUUGUGCUUUUUUUGUUUUUUUUAACUUCGUUUUAAUUUUAGUUUUUAAUGAAAGGAAUCGCUUCUUUCCUAUCCUGUGCAUGCAAAAGGUGUUUUUUUCCCCCUUCGUGCAUGCAUACAGAUAAGCUAGAAUAGGGCACAUUGGCACAGCAGCUAGAAUUCACUUUUGUACUGAAUGAGAAGGAUCCAGAGGAAUGGCUCCGGUGUUGAUGCUCAGGGCUCAAUAUAUUCUGGCUAUGACAUUGAUUAAAGAAAUUCCCCCCAAAAAUAUAAAAAGAUGAUUCCCCAGCAUUUUAACCUUGACUCUCGUGUUGGGGAAUUGCAUCCUUUUGAAUUUUGAAAUAGCCUAGAACAGGGCUUAUAGACUUACUUGUCGACUGCCGAGAAAUGGAUAAUGCAAGAUUUUAUGAUCUGCUGUAUAUAAGAUAUGGGAAAAUUGGGUGCUGUUGAUAUAUCGUUUCCACGAACAGAGGGUGCUGGGAAAUGAAGCUUUUAUUGCCCGCUGCUGUGAGAUGCCCGCUGGCACAGCUGAACAAAUAUGGCAGCCAUUGUGCAUAGUGCAGCCCUUAGAAGGACAGUAGCCAUUUCAGUAUUGCAGCAGAGGGACAGUGAAGGAAUAAAGGUAUAGGUGCCCAGGGAAGCUGGCUCUAGCAUGGCCCUCGUAUGCUUUUCAAGUGCCCUUUUGUCGAUAGUGAGACGCCCGACACCCAAGCUUCACGUUUUAGAUUUCAUUAUUUUUAGCCCUCUUUUGUUUUUGUUUUCAUUGAUUACCUCUUGCUGCCUGCAGAUCCCCCCUCCCCGUGUCCCCCCGCCAUUCUCUGUACCACCCAUACUGCUUUACCUGCUGAUCCGAUAACCGAUUAACAUAAGGUUUGCAAUUUAUUUUUAUUGUUUUAUUUUUUUUUUAUUUUUUCUUGUUGUUGUUGAUGUUGAGGGGUGGGGCAGUUGUGAAAGGGUGGGAUGUUUCUGUUUUAUAAAGGUUUUGUCAUUUAAAAUAGUGUGAUAUAUAGGGAGGGAGGGCAUGGGUAAUAAGUGAGUUUUGUGCAAUUAGCAAAGCUACUGGCAAAAAAAAGAUAAAAAUAAAGCCUUCCCUGGUA